AUGAACGAGGGGGAGGUGAUGGAUUUGGACGUCCCUGAGGGGGAUCUGACGGAGUUUGCGGCGGGGGGUGAAGAUGAGUUGGUAGCUCAACAGGUGAUGGAAGCCAUGUGGGGGAACCUGAUGCCUGUCGAGGGAGGUGUGGCGUUGCUUGCGCAGGACGAGGACGGGGGUGGGGAAGAAGAGGGCGCCCCGGCGCCGAACGCCUGGCAAAUGGUAGUGGGGGGGCAGGUAUUGGCGCCUGGACCGACCCCCUUCUUGGGGCAAGCAGAGGGAGAGGUGGGGCCCCCGGAGAGAAUAGCGGAGUCAGAGGACGAGGAAGGAGGAGACUGGGAGAUGGAGGAGGUUGAGGAUGACGACGCGGUGUCCGAGUUUGAGGACCUCUUGGAAAGCUUCCUUGAGGCAGAAACUGACCACGGUCCGGGACUGGCCUCGGACGAUGACGAUGAACCAUCAAAUGACAGCGGCUCCCCUGACGAUCACGACAUGCCGACGGCCGCCCCUGCGGCCGAAAGAAUAGCACAAACAAACGGCACCGCCCCCCCCGAAGCUUCCACGGCAGAAGACUCUUCGGGGGGAACCGAACCGAGGCCCAGCGCACCCCCACCGGACGUGGCCGGCCCCAGUAACCCUUCCCCGGGCGAAGAACGUGGGAGAGAUCAAGCGAUCGAAGAGCAGUUGAGACAAUUUUUGGCCGCCGAAGCGGCGGCGGAAGUCGCGCCUGGGGGAAGCGCCCUUCUUCCGGGGGAGGGGGGAGAAGAAAGGGGACGAGUGGAGGGGCCAGUGGGCGAGGCCGGAGUCGAUGCUGCGUUAGAGGAAGCCGCCGCCGCUGCGUUCCAGAGGCAGCUUCUGGCGGCUCACGGUGCCAUGUUCCCCGCUGGGCCGGGUGCAGCAGCGCGGAGGGCGGGAGGGGAUGGAGGGCAGCCGGACUACGCGGCCCUCCAACGCGUAAUCGAAGGAGCUUUGCGCGACGCUGAGGUACAGAGCGGCACCGGGGCGGGCGAAGGAAGCGCGGCCGCACCAGCACGUCUCAGUGCGUCCGAGGAAGGGAUCCCCCAAUUCGAGCAGGCGGAAGGGUCCCUGCAGGCCUUAAGCCACGCCCUCUUUGGGCGUCCGGACGAUCGUAGCAACGAGCCUGGGCAGACAACGGACGCAGGUUCGGGCGCUGCGCCGGAGCAGGAACUAGAAUGGCUGCGCGCGGCUGCUGGCGACGACGCCACGGUGGCUGGGCCGUCGGAUGACGUCAUGCGGGGCCUUUACACCAAGUACGUGACGUACCAUCGUAUCGCGGCGGAGGCUCAGCCGGCUGCGGAAGCGGAAGCGGAAGACGGGGUCGGGUUGCACUUCCGGGCGUGCGGCCACGCGAUUCACGCCAAGUGCCUGGAGGGCUACUUCCAGAGCCUGUACCAGUCGAGCAUGCAGAGAGAACUCUUCGAGGGCGCGCACAUCGUCAGCCUCGACGCGGGCGAGUUCCUGUGCCCCGUCUGCCGCCGCCUCGCCAAUGCCGCGCUCCCCAUGCUGCCCGCCGCGCCCUCAAACGCACUGCUGACGUCAGCACCGUCUGCAGUCCCCGCUUCCAGUCCCGCGGGCGCUUCAGCUGUUGGCGAGGUGCCCCCCGGGGCCGAAAACGGAGCCACGUCAUCACCGGUUGCAACCCCCGGCCCCUCUCCUGGGGGCGCUUCAGCCGCAGGCGAGGUCCCCCCCCGGGCACAAAAUGGAGCGUCCUCCUCAACCGGUCCCCCAGCAGUGUCGGAGUCACCCCGAGAUGCACCAGACACAGGUCCGAGUUCGCAAGCGGAGGCUCGUCCGGGGGAAACGGGUGCCGGCAUGCCAAUCGCGGAGUAUGUGCGCCCCGCCGUAAAGCUGAUUCUCGACGCGGAGGUACGGACGGACCCCAACGGCCCGUACGGCAUCGACGAAAGCUACUGGGCGUCGGGCCGCAAUCAGGCACCGGUUGCGCCGGAGGUCACGGGGGCUCUGGAGAACCUUGCCACACGGGGUGCGCGAUUGUCGGGCCGAACGAGGCCGACACACGGGCUGGAGCUGUGGGAGGCGCUGGGGUUCACCGUGCAGGCGACCGAGCUGGCCGCGAGGAGGGUGAGCGGGUCGCCGGAAAGGGGUGCGGGGAUUUUGGACAAACUUGGACGGUCCACGAGCGACGUUGGCGCAGAGGGCGCGGUUCCGGACAAAGGCAAGCGGGCUGUGACGGAUACCGGCGCCAGUGUGCCGAAGGAAGAGAGUUCCCAGGUCGAGCGGGCACAGUCUGACGUCACUGAUCACGUCAGCAAGCGGCUCGAGGCGCUCGCGGCUGCUGCGGGGGACGAGGGUCGCUCAGUGUUGCGGCCGUUGGCGCAGGCGACGAUCGCGCUGCGCGGCGCGAGCAUUCCGGAGCAGCUGUUCCGGGCGCGGGGGCUGCAGAUCCUGGCGGGGGCGUUGCUCAGGGGAAAGUCCAGGGACGAACUCCCCAGCGAGCUGACCGCCGGGCACUCGGAUCGAACGGCCGCGGAGACGCGCUUCUGGCGGCUGCUGGCGGACCCCGUCCUGUUCCACGACCCGUUCUCCACUCUAGUUCGCCUGCUGUACGUCCUCAAGGGGGACCUCUUGGAUGCGGAGGGAAUGAAGGCGCUGAUACGCUUUCUGCACCUAGUAUUGUUGGAGGCGUGUAAUUCCUGCCCCCACGCACCCUCCAACCAGGAGGCGUCCGUUCCGCCGACGGAAGCGACACGCGCUGAGCGCCUCCGUCGGAUGUCCCUCCCCUUCCUGCGCCAGAGCGCCCUCCUCCUGGAAGCGCUGCACCCGGGUUCCGUCCCCAGCUUCCGUUCUCCGGCGGAAUCCGCUGCGGCUGCCGCAGCGCGCUCCGCUGCGUCGCGCACGCGCAUCGUCGCCCCGCCGGAAGAGGCCGCUGACGUCAUCGAAGCCGGCGCGGGGCACCUCGAAGCGCUUGUACUUGAAGCCGACCUGGGACUCGCUCUGGAGCGGAUCACGGCGGCGGAGCGUGCUGAUGUGGCGGCCCCGGCGGACACGUGGCAGCGGCAUUUCGAGGCGGAGGUCGAGGGGUGGCGCGGGGUGGAGACGUACCGGGGGGAAAGGGAUGCGAGGCCGUUCCAGCUGAUGCAACUGCCUCGCAACUACCACGAGCUGUUUCAGAGGUAUGUCAAGGCCAAGUGUCGACUCUGCAAGACGGUCCCGGUGCAACCCGUCCUUUGCCUCGUGUGCGGCGCCUUCCUCUGCGGCCACUCCCGCAAGGCCUGCUGCAGAGUGGACAACCGCGGGGAGUGCUACCGCCACGCCUCCGAGUGCGGGGUUGGUGUCGGCGUCUUCCUUUUCCUGCGCCGGACGACCAUUACGCUGCUGAGGAACGGUCGCCAAACCGUCUGGCUCUCGCCAUACCUAGAUGCACAUGGCGAGGAGGAUAUCGACCUAAGACGCGGCAAGCCCUUGUUCCUAAGUGAGGAGCGCUACAACGCACUGACGGAAAUGGUGGCAUCCAUGGGGAUGGAUCACGACUCUCAGGUUCUUGCUCGGACUGUAAGAAGGCUCCCACAGGCCAUUGAGUAGAGCAAGUAUCUGCUUGGUAGACUGCGGACUUGGGGAAGAUCAGGAUAGCAUUAUCUGAGAAUCAGCGUUUCUGAGCUGGUAGGUGAACAGAUAUAUAGGAGUGCUUGUAAGCCGGCCACACAAGUACACACGAGUGUGGUAAAGUUUGUACAUAUUAUCAAAGUACGUGCACUCCUCCUGAACCGUGUCAAGGUUCUACAAUCAGACCUUUCAAGAAUGCUGUGGAUAGGACACAGUGUAUCGUACACUAGAAGCACUUAGGCACGCGGUCUCCCGGCAAAAUAGUACGGUUCCUUGACCCAAUAAUGUAUAUGUACGUUGCAAAGAAAC